CCGCGCAUGCGCCAAGACGCCGUGCAGUUCGGCGAUAUAUAAAUUGGGUUUUAUUAUCUUUUCGCAAUUAAUAUUGCAUUUUAUGGAUUUUUAGCUAUGGUGCGAUUAGAUUCACGCAUGGUGCUGUUUUUUUAGACUAUAAGAAGUAACGAAUUGUAGGUAUCUGAAGAGAUAUCGAGGUUAUAAGAUGCGCGAUCUUUACCUAUUUUUUAUUUAUAAACUACGGGGGUGCUAUUUAUAUAAUUAGUAUUUUUGAGAAGUGCUAUUAAAAAUACAUCUAUACGUAUUUUUAUUUAUAUAUAUAUCCAAAAUUCGUUAGCUGGGGUAGGGGGGGUUCCAAACCACUGGGAAAACCUAACCUAUAAGUAUAUAUGAAAUUAAUUUUGAGUAGGUAUAAAUUGUGAUCAGAUAGAAACACGGCUGGUAAACAACGAAUCAACAAUCGCAACGUGUCAAUUUGUAUUGAUAAUAAUUGUUAUAAUAUAAAUAAUAUCAUAUGAAAUGGCACACAUUUUAGCGUUUCUUCAAUUAUCCCUAUUAUUGACGGUGACAAAUGUUUUAUCAGAAUUUUCUGCCGAAGACUGUAAAAGUCUUGGAUAUAACAAAGCAACAUUACUUUGUUCCACGUGUGAGAAAUUCAAAAAGUUUGAACUCAAUGAUAUUCAUGAAAAAUGCCAAGAAUGCUGUUUGAAAGAUGAAGGUGACGAUAAUUCUAGUUCAAAACGAUAUCCAAAGGCUGUGCUUGAAGUAUGCACUUGCAAAUUUGGAGCUUAUCCACAAAUUCAAGCUUUUAUCAAAAGUGAUCGACCAAACAAGUACAAAAAUUUACAAAUCAGAUAUGUAAGAGGUUUAGAUCCAAUCAUCAAAUUAUAUGAUGCCGAAAACAAAUUAGAAGACGUACUCGAUAUUCACAAAUGGGACACAGAUUCCGUUGAUGAAUUUCUAGCUACUCAUUUACAAAUGGAUUAAUUUGAUGUAUGCAAAAAAUGUUUUGAUUGUACAAAUUGAAUAUUAUUUAUACUUGUUCAUGUAUGGAUCAGGUUGAAUGAUUUGUAAUAAAUUUUUUAUGACACA